AUGUCAUCAUCAAUAUCUGAUGAGAAUGAAGCCCAGAACAUGGAAAUAUUAAACCAUCCGCUAAUAGUUGAACACAAUGGUCAACAAGAAUCCAAUCAUCACAACAAAAAUUCUAAUUUGAACAAUUCUUGCGAAGCGAGUGUCAGCAAUCAUGACAUCACAAAAUUAAACAAAAGCGAAACAGAAAUUUUGAUUGCAUUGAACGAACAUUCCGAUAGGUUGCCCAAUGAAAAACAAUCAAGUCAACACGAAGAAGUCACCUUUUCUCAUCCGUUGACUUCAAAUUUGAAACUAGUUGAGGACCAUCCAAUAACCACAGUGGAUGGACAUGAUUUUUACGAAGUUGAUUUAGGAAAAGCAAUGGCAGUCGAAGAUCACAACUUACAGCCCAGUGUUGCACAGUCAAUCGAAAAUGAUGACCAACACAAGAUUUUGGAAAAAAACGAAAACACCUCGAAAGUUCACUCAUUUUCUACCAUUGUUGAUCAUCCAUUGAGCCAGCCUCUGAGUAAAAAUAAUGAUGACGAACAUGAUUCUAACAAGCCCCAACAAAAAACUUCUCAACCACACCAAAAAGAAAACCAAACACUUCCCAGCCCACAAUCCGCAAAUUCCAUUUUUGUCUCAUCAUUUAAAGCAACACCUCGAUAUACUGUCGAUCUUGAUAUAGAACCAAGAGAAAGAUGGAAACACAUUGUACAUGAUUUCAUGAGGCCAUUGAAGCUUCUUUCACAAUAUCUUGACUCGAUCUUUUCAGAAGAAGGUGAAUUUGCUCCAAGCAUGACUGACAUUAUCAGCCAAAUUCACACACCAUAUUUUCUUGAAGAAGAAAUGUGGGGAAUUGCUGACAUUACUAAAAGUAUUGGAUUGAGAUAUGACUUGAUAUUCCAAUUCAAUGUGUCAUACAAACAUUUUUGUUUGGAGAGCUCAGUUGCUUUCGAAGAAUAUGGAUAUAAUGGAAUAUUUCAAAUGAGACACAUGAAUUUUGAAGAAAAGCUUGCAAGUAUUUUGAGGCAUUUAGUGAUUGAUGUUGAUUUUAUUAGAAGUGGAAGGCUAGUAUUUCGAACAACUACCAUGCUACCCCUUGUUGGUAUUUCUAAUGGACUCCGAAAUAGCUCAAAAAAGCAAAGUGGUACUCUAGACAAUUCUCAAUAUUUUGAUUGUGGUUCUUACUCGCUCUCACUGAUUCAGAGAAUAACCAAUGAUGGAUUAAUUGGAGACAUUGCUAGCUGGUUCUCCACCAUUAUGUCAUUUUGGCCAAUCGAUUUUCUUAUUAGACAUGUCAUUCAAGAAUUUGAGAAUUUUAAGGAGGCUCUCAACGAGCUCAAAAAUAGUUAUACUACAACACCCUUUUAUUUGCUCAUGUGCUCAACAGACAAUAGCGUUUUACUCACACGAGGUAGAACUACACAAGAAAAAACUCUCUUACUACACCAAAGUAGCAGCUUGUUAACAGAAACUAUUGAGCUCGAAGAACAAGCCCAACGUCGAUUCAUUGUCCAAUGUGAAACAGACUGGUUUUGUGAAGACGAAAAAUUAAUUGCAAAAGAUGUUAGAAAACAACAACUGACUGACUUUCUUUACAAAAAUUCGCCUAAACGAAGGCAACCACGUGAUCCAUCACCAAAACAUGAACCAGAGCUGCCGAGCAAUCUUCAUUUGGUCGAAUAUUCUCUGAGGUGCUUGUGUAAACCUUAUAUACUGACACCAGGCACUCUCUAUCAGCAAGUUAUUAAUGCAAGCGAUGGACCACUCUUUUUCUCACGUAUUUACAUUGCUCCUUCAACAACGUCGACACCUCCAUCCUCAUCAAGAAAUUAA